AUGGCUGGCAAGUCUCUGCCCUCCGUAAUCCAAGAAGAGAAGACCGCCAAAGACCCGGGGCCAAAAGCACCACCAGUACGGCCCCUAGGCCGCCUGCCCAGCAUUGGUGAAGCUCGACCCGCAGGUCCUGGUCCAGGUCCUGCCUCCCGUCGUGGCUCUGUGCUGGGCCUGGCCACGUCCUUCUCACGCAGAAGCUCACUGGUGGGACCUGGUGCAGGUCCUGGGGGUCGGCGACCAUCCCUGGGCCCCGUGCCCCCUCUAAGCUCCCGUAUCAGCUUCUCAGGUCUUCCCCUUGCGCCGGUCCGCAGAGUGGCACCCUCUUACCGCACAGACCCAGCGCCAGGAGAGCGUUGGCAGGCUGCACGUGUGCAGCGUGCCCUAGAGGCAGCGCUGGCUGCAGGGCUGAGCAACGCGUGCUACUCAGGCUCAGAGGCUGGGCCGCUGACUCGGGAGCUCUGUGAGCAGGUGCGCCUGCGCCUCCGUGAGUUCAGCCCUCCACGCUACAAGCUGGUGUGCAGCGUGGUACUGGGCCCGCGCGCUGGUCAGGACGUGCUUGUGGUGAGCCGUGCGCUCUGGGAUGCAGCACGUGAUGGGCUGGCCUCUGCCGCCUUCACCAAUGCCACGCUGUUUGCCGUGGCCACCGUCCACGGGCUCUAUUGCGAAUGA